UGGUCAUUGGUCAUUGGUCUUGCUCUGCCGGCCCUUGUACCCCCUUUAUCCCUCCUCCUUGAGACACGACUGGGCAAUGCGGGGCGCGAAGGGAAGCCGUCGCUUACUUGGCUUUUAGCAGGCAGAAUUAACGGCCCUCUGCUAUUACACAUGUUCCACACCCUAAUUUAGUACAAGCUCAGACCAUCGAGUUCUUAAUCGGGUCCCUCAAAGUGGGAGAAGGCGGAGUCUUGGGACACGGUAUAGCGACGGGGAAAGGAAAAAAAAAAAAAAAGCCUUAACCCAUAGUCUCACGGAUGCACAUGAUAGGAGAGGCAGAAUGUGUAGUUAACCAUCGAUUCUAUUCGGACUCGGAACAAAACGCAGGGGUCAUUUCUUGUUCAGGCGCAAACACAUCAAAAGACCUACACAGGGUUCCCCUCUAGCACAACGCAGCACAAGAGGUAACACCAUGUUAAACCCUCGAUGUAGCGAGAGUAGCUCAUAGCCAAAUUCGAUCAUAUCGAUUUCAAAUAGGAAGAAAGGAACAAAAAUAUAUGCACAUUUCAAUGUAUGAUCCGCGUGCCCAGACCCUGGCAUCUUGUUAUAUUCAGUUUGUCCGCUUAGACAAACAUAGAGAAGGACUGAGGGGUCGUUCUGAGAGGUAUGUACAUGUACAAAACAUACCUGCAUUAGCCAUAAGUAUAAAGGAUUGGUGUUAAUCUGUUUACUCAUUCGGCAACGGCCGUCACACACGGUGAUCCAAACGGUAUUUCCUCCUCCUUUUCAGAUGUAAGAUAAGAAGGGGACAGGCUCACUCUUCAUUUCCUCCAGACAUAACAGAGCAAUGAUAUUUUUUUCCCACUUCUAUUUCCGUGUUGGCAAACCUAACCGCUGAUAAUGAAAUUGUGGGAUCAAUAUCGGAAUUUUUGUUAGGUGUGGACGGAGACUGGCCCGGACGGAGUUCAAAGAGAAACGAGGGAGACAGCAAAAAAUAAAAUCACACUGUUUCAAGGACAGAGAUCAAGCAACGGCGACUAAACCUUGCUAUAUAUCAUCUUGUUCCGGCGGGCGAGCCUCUCCUGAUCUAUCCAUCCAUCCAUCCAUCCAUCCAUCCAGCCAAUCCCCGCCCCCCCCUCCCAUCCCACCCCCUCUUUUUAUAUAUUUCCCUUUUCUAGUUCGUUUGUUGAGUUUUCAUGAUUUGUCUGACUCGGAAGUAUAUGGUUUGAUUGAGGGUUAUUGAUUGAAAAGUACUUUUGCUUUUCGCCGUUCGUUUAACACUUUUCGUCGACGAGGGCAGGAUCAGAAAAGGAAGAGGAAGCACAGAAAGGGGUAAGAAGGCAAAUAAAGAAGAGAUAAGCAGUAUACCAGGUAGCCUCUGAAGGGGAAACCACGGGGGAAACCCAAAAUAUGGCAUCAAUGGCCGCCGCAACGGAACCAGCUCUGGCGCCUCCAUUGGGCAUCGAGUCCAACUUCGACGGGCAGGAGGAGGCAUUGCAUGUAUGGAAUCUCGUCACGCAGGGGCUCUGCAUCUCCUUAACGUCGAUAUUUUUCUUCUUGCGGAUGUACGUUCGAGUCUACGUUAAUAGGGGGUUCGGAAGGGAAGACUGGUGUUGUUCUCUUGCCUGGUUUCUCGGAGUUGGAUAUUCCAUCAUUGCGAUUCUGAUGGGUAAAUAUGGUGGUGGGUAUCACCAAUGGGAUGUCCCGAAGUCGGACAUUGUCCCGUUCAACAAGACCGUGUACGGAACAAUGGUCAUAUACGGGCCGGCCGCAUUUCUCACGAAGGCAUCCAUCCUCCUCAUCCUAACCCGAGUUUUUGCACCUUACCGCAAGACAGUAAGGUUCAUAUACGUAUAUUUUGGGGUCCUGCUCGCAUAUUAUGUCCCCGCGAUCAUCGUUAAGGUCCGCAUCUGCAUGCCCAUCUCGUACUUUUGGAUGGGCCAGGAUUCGGAGGGAUCCUGCUUGGAUGAACGCGCGAUUAUUCUGGCCGAUGCAAUUAUCAGCGUCGUGAGCGACCUGACGAUCCUGGUCCUGCCGCUUCUCCUGACCCAUUCGCUGCAAAUGUCUCUCAAGAAGAAAAUCCGCGUCAUUGGCAUCUUGGGGGCUGGUGGUUUGGCUUGUGCGUCGAGCAUUGUGAGACUGGUCCUGAUUGUUCAGAAGGGGAACGCCAAAGACCAGACUUAUGUGUUCAUGCAAAUCAAUCUCUGGGGUAACGCGGAAGUGAGCAUCGGAAUAAUCUGCGCCUGUCUCCCAUCCCUGGCCGCGCUGCUCAACCGCAUAUCGAACGAAUACAUGUCGCGCAAUGGCAGCCGGAGCUAUGACUGCGAGCUUGCUGGAACAGACACACUGACAGGGUCCAAAAUAGCUGGGUCCCAAGGGAGCUUUAACGAUGCAGGAUCUGAGCAAGAAAUCCUAGCCUCACACGCACAAUCCGACAUGAAGGUUGAAACUGCUAUCCGAGCAGAUGAGCCAGGAACGAUGCAUUCGCACCACCGCGCGCUUCACUCUUUUACCGGCCGUGGGAUCAUGAAGACGGUUGAUGUUUCGCAUACAAUCACCACCAAGGAAUAAAUUCUGAGGGAAGAUGUCGAGCGGAUUGGAAGUGGUUGGUGCUUCGAUAAUAACUUGAUCGGUCCCUGGUUACGGAAGAGCGAGAUAUUGGCUGGACUGACAAUAACGCAACUUCAUUCAAUUUCAAUAACCAGUUAGUUAUUUUUUUUCUUCUUUUUGGCAGAAUUCUGAAUCGAUCACAGUGUGUUAUAGCUUCCGCGUAGUUUUUUCUUCUCCAGAAUUUGCUCUUCGUGUGGUGAACGGAAAGAAAAGAGAAGAAAUAGCUGUCAUCCAUGGAUCUCUCUCAUCUCAUCAAUCCACGCCUCAAUCCCGUUCCCAAUGCUGAAUGGCUAGAGAAUUCUAUGUCGAGAAUUUCCGUCAACGAGAGCCCCUUUCCCGCCCUCUUCAUCUUCAUACAUAACUGCAUUGCGAAGUCAGUCAACAGCUGUAAAUCCUCAUUUCAUCCACUUGACGCGUUGUGUCAUCGCGUCUAAACAUGGCAUUCUUUGACGCACCCCUGGGAAGCACUGGGACACCGCCGAGAUGCUUCUCGUUUCACCAAUCGUUACUCCAAGUGCCAGGCCGGCUUCGACUCCCCUCCCCUUCCAAAAGAUGCAAAGUCACACCAUUAGCUGAACCCUCGUCUGCGAAGAAAAAUCGCGCUCAUUACGAGCACCGCUUCUGCAAAAGUUUGUCUAGAGACUGUCCAGCGGUCGAGCUUCCCAAAUCCUCUCGGAUGGCCCUCUUUUACCCCUCAAGCUCGGAUUGAUGGGAGUCGAACCUUUCUCCCACAUCCACAAUGCGCGUCAUGAGCGCCUCAGCAACCUCCCCUGUCACCGGUACGACAUAUUACUCUCCCGUUUGACCUUCGAGAUGACCCAGGCACAUUUGAAAAUACCGAAAACAGAAAAACGUCCCGGAGAAUAUUGUCUCGGGGCCGAACCUAUGGCAUGUUUCUCUAACGUUAACUUUAAAACUAUCUCCUUCUAUUAUUAUCUAACCAAGAUGUCGCCCAAGCCUUUGCCAAGAACAAAUAGCGGGACCUCAAAUCUCCGGAGCGGGCCCAGCAUAUAAGCCUCGAAUUGAGGGGACUGGGAGCCUUUCUUUCACAAUAUCAGAAACCUACUUCCAAGACCAAGGCAUUUCGAUCGCUGAGGUGAUGUACAGAGUACUUGACUGGUUACCGUCGUCAUCGCUUGCCACAUCCAUCAGGCGGCGAAAAUCACCUGUUUUUACACGACAAGCACCGACCAGGAAGCAAUGUAUAUAGAAGCGCUCUUUGGAAUGAAGAUGGGGACGUCCUUGGGUUUUCAGAUAUGCCCUAAAACGCGGGGGAAGUUAAUGUAGGAUUGGAUUGGAUUGGUGUACUGGGAUCGCGGCCGUGGAGCUUAUUUAUCGAAAUAAAUAGGGCACAGUAACUCAUUUUUUAAAAAGGCAUUACUGCAGCUGGUUUAUCCAGAUAAUGCAAAAGCACAUACAAACUCAUGUGCGUGUCUUUCAUGGCAUUUUUCCACGUCAUUUUCUUUCUAUCUUUAGACUGACUGAUAUGCAAUAGAGUUAAGAUAUGAUUUAUGAAAACCACCUUCCUUUUCCAAUACUAAACAAAAAGCACGAAGCUUGUUGUUCGUCUUCGCAGUGUCUACUGCAGUCAACCACUACUAUAUUUUCGUUCCUGGCUUCCUGACAUUAGUUGUAUAGAGCCCUACUAACCAUACAAUAAACCUGUGCUGGGAGAUCAUUGCUGUGAAACAUUUAUUAUUAGUCUCUCACUCUAUCUAUUAAGCAAAUAGUUCAAUAGAAAACAUUGUUCUUGUAGAGUAGAAAAGCUGCUCAUUCUGGGGAGUACUCUAUACUGGGAUACAUGAACACGAUUAAUCAGAGUUAAUGACAAGAAUUGAAUAUAGCAUCAAUCUGAACUUCUCAUUCGCCCGUAAACCGUGUAGAGGCGAAUGGAU